GCCCUACAGCUGUAACAUAGGGCAGAGGUUAAAUCUGUUGCCAUUUUUAUUGCAAGCAUGGUCACUGCAUACCCUCUCCCUGAAGGCUUCACUGAAUUAGAGGUGUUUGCCAUCGGCACUGCCCUGCUGGUAGAAGCCCUGCUUGGCUUCUGUCUGAAUGGCUUGACAAUUAUCUCCUUCCGAAAAAUCAAAGAACUCCGAACACCCAGUAAUCUGCUGGUUCUCAGCAUUGCACUGGCCGACUGCGGGAUCUGCAUCAAUGCAUUCAUCGCUGCCUUCUCCAGCUUCCUAAGAUACUGGCCCUAUGGCUCUGAAGGCUGUCAAAUCCAUGGAUUCCAGGGUUUCUUGACAGCACUAGCCAGCAUUAGCUCCAGCGCUGCAGUUGCCUGGGACCGGUAUCAUCACUACUGUACAAGGAGCAAGCUGCAGUGGAGCACGGCCAUCUCCACGGUGGUGUUUGCAUGGCUGUUUGCUGCCUUUUGGUCUGUGAUGCCCCUGCUGGGGUGGGGGGAAUACGACUACGAACCCCUCCGAACCUGCUGCACCCUGGACUACAGCAAAGGGGACAGAAACUACAUCACAUUCCUUUUUGCUUUGUCCAUUUUCAAUUUCAUGAUCCCGGGCUUCAUCAUGCUGACAGCCUAUCAGUCCAUACACCGGAAGUUCAAGAAAACUGGUCACUAUAAGUUUAAUACUGGUUUACCACUGAAGACGCUGGUCAUUUGCUGGGGCCCUUAUUGUCUUUUAUGCUUCUACGCAGCAGUUGAAAACGUGAUGUUCAUUCCACCAAAAUACCGCAUGAUUCCUGCUGUUCUUGCCAAGACUGUGCCUACGGUGGAUGCCUUUAUAUAUGCCUUGGGGAAUGAGAACUACAGAGGAGGAAUAUGGCAGUUCCUUACAGGACAGAAGAUUGAGAAAGCAGAAGUUGAUAACAAAACUAAAUAACCCAUUAUAGCACUGAGCAAAAUUAACACAAGUGCAUCACUGAAAGCAAAACUCUAGAGGAAACUGUGCGUUCUCUGAUGUGUACAUGCAAAGGUGGUUCCACAUUGGAAAGGCCGUGCAUUGGCUACAAGCAAUAAAGUACUAAAAGUAAGCUCUCCGGAUAACUGUCCAAACCAUCAUGAGCUGCUUGUCAAACAAGCUGCCUUAAACCUGUGUUGAUUGUCAUCAGGUUCAUUUUAUGUCACUGCAAAUAAACUACAUGCUGGAAAGCAUUUUUUUCCUUUUACACUAACAUAA